ACUACUUUAUAGAUUUCAGUUUUCAUGUUUACUUAUUUUUGAAGAUUAUCCAUUUCUGCUGUCUUAGGUUUUCUGAAAGAUGUCAAUGUCAUCUGAAGAGGAAACAGAUAUUAGUGAGUCAGAGAUGGAAGAAUAUGCUGAUACAUGGUAUCAGAAAUUAAAGGAAAGUUAUGGGAAGGAAAAGAUAUCUGGUAAAGUUUACAGAUGUCCUUUUUGUCCUGGAAAAAAGCAGCAGGCCUACAGUUUCCACGACCUUGUCCAACAUUCUUGGGGAGUGAGCACGGCUAGCUCACGGAAAGUGAACGAUAAAGGGAAGCAUUUAGGUCUUUCAAGGUACUUGAACAAUGAUCUGCUGAGGAAAGAUUCUAUACCAAUGUCUGAUGAAAUGAAAACUGAAUUACAGCCAACACAUCAUGGGAAUGAUGUUGAUGAGAAAUAUGCAUUUCCUUGGAUGGGAAUUGUAGCAAAUCUUCCCAUUGAGUGGAAGGACGGGCGUUAUGUGGGAAAGAGUGGAUCAGGGCUGAGGGAUGAGUUGACAAGCAAAGGGUUUAACCCACAGAGGGUACACCCAUUGUGGAACUAUAAGGGUCAUUCAGGGAAAGCCGUGGUUGAAUUUGAAAAUAACUGGAAUGGAUUUGCUAAUGCAAUUAAGUUCCAAAAGAACUUUGAAUCACAACAUCAAGGGAAGAGGGACUAUUUAUCUCCACCAGAUAAAGGAGAUAAAUUAUAUGGUUGGGUUGCAAAGGCUGAUGAUUAUAACUCAUCAGGUAUAAUUGGUGACUAUCUGCGAAAAACGGUAGACCUAAAAUCCAUCUCUGAAGUUGAGUCAGAAGAGAAGCACAAAACUAAUUCGCUUGUCUCUAAUCUGUCUAAUACAAUCGAGGCCAAACGUAGGAGCCUCAUGGAGAUAGAGAGCAAAUGCAAUGAAACUUCCAUGUCCAUAAAAAACGUGAUGAGGCAAAGAGAUGAAAUGGUCCAACAGUAUAAUGAAGACCUACAAAGGAUGGCGAAGAAUGCUCAUGAUCAACUUGAAAAGAUGUUCAAAGAACAAGAAAAAAGUAAAUCGUAUUUUGAAGCACGACGCAAAGAACUUGAGUUGCGUGAAAAGGAGUUGGUGGAAAGAGAGGCCCUCAAUGAUAAUCAGAGACAAGAGCUUCAUCUGUUGAAGCAAAUGAAUGAGAAAGCAGCAAUGGAGCAAAAGAAGUUAGAUGAAAGUGUCUUGGUUUUGGCGGAAGAACAGAAGAAAGCAAAAGAAACACUCCGACAGAAAAACAUGGAGCUGCAAAAGAAACUCGACUUAAAGCAAGCACUAGAGUUGGAGAUAGAACGUCUCACAGGGGCUAUGCAAGUAACGAAACACAUGGGAGAUGGCCAAGAUGUGAAGAAAAAAUUAGGCGAGAUUGAAGAGAGCCUAAAGGAGAAAAAAGAAGAGCUAGAAGCUCUUGAAGCGUUGAAUCAAACUCUAGUUGUCAAACAGCAGAUGGCAAGUGUUGAGUUAAAUGAUGCCAGGAAGGAGUUGAUCGAUGGAAUGAAGGAAAACACUUCUCGAGCUUUGAUCAGUGUCAAGAGAAUGGGAGAGCUUGAAGAUUUGCGGAACAAUAAGCUAGGAAGGGAAGCUACUCUCAGUGAAGGAAUAACAUAUCUUCUCCAGCAGUUGAAAGCCAGUAAAGCGAAGAAGCGUUAGCUUUGAUGUUUAUGUUUACCAUUUCGUAUUGCACAUUAUGCCUUCCCAAGAAAUUGGAAUUGUUUCAGAAAACCAUUCAGCAUAUGUUAUGGUUGUAAAGGUCAGAUUGUUAAUCUUUUAAACUUUUCAGUUGAUGGUAUAUGUUAUGUCAAAAGAAAUUGAACCAUUCGAAGAAGGCUCCUUCAAAAGAAGGGAAUCCAAAGCUAUUGCUUUUGGGAAUUGGGAAUCCAAGGUUAUCCAAGGAAUGGCAAAAGCAAAUGUGCACUUUAGUAGUCUUAAACUUCAAACAUGGAAUGACAUCUACAAUCUGUUUUCCAUUUUGAAUGACAUAUUAUACCAAACUUAUGAUUUUGUUGAGCACCAAGUAGCAUCUGUUUACAGGUGUCUAGAUCAGAACAGCUGAUCUUUUACUUCUUUUUUUAUGAUGGUAUUUAUGCCGAAACAUAUGAAAUUGAAACACUUAAAUGUCUCGUUGGUUUAGUUUAAACAACAGGUGCUAGUAAGUUUUUCUAUCAAUGUGUGCUAGCCUUGAAGAAAGUUCAAGGAUGAAAGUAAGACUAGAAAUGGCAUCCGAAGCGCUAGUUUGGAGAA